UCCCAGUUCUGCUCCGGCCACGGACCGGACCGGACCGGCUCUGCCAGCUCUGCCCGCCCGGCUCGGUUCGGCUCCGCCCCGCCGUUAUAAUGAGCGGCUCCCAGGCGCGGCUGCCCCAGGCCGGCGCGGCUCCGGGCGAGGUGGCGGCUCCGGGCGAGAUGCCGGCCACGGAGAAGGACCUGGCGGAGGACGCGCCCUGGAAGAAAAUCCAGCAAAACACCUUCACCCGCUGGUGCAACGAGCACCUGAAGUGCGUCCAGAAGCGCAUCGCCAACCUGCAGGCGGACCUGGCCGACGGGCUGCGGCUCAUCGCGCUGCUCGAGGUGCUGAGCCAGAAGAAGCUGGGGCGCAAGUACAACCAGCGCCCCACCUUCCGGCAGAUGCAGCUGGAGAACGUGUCGGUGGCGCUGGAGUUCCUGGAGCGCGAGAAUAUCAAGCUGGUCUCCAUCGACAGCAAGGCCAUCGUGGACGGGAACCUGAAGCUGAUCCUGGGGCUGAUCUGGACGCUGAUCCUGCACUACUCCAUCUCCAUGCCCAUGUGGGACGAGGAGGACGACGAGGAGACCAAGAAGCAGACGCCGAAGCAGCGGCUGCUGGGCUGGAUCCAGAACAAGCUGCCCGAGCUGCCCAUCACCAACUUCAGCAAGGACUGGCAGAGCGGGCGGGCCCUGGGGGCCCUGGUGGACAGCUGUGCCCCGGGUCUCUGCCCCGACUGGGACUCCUGGGACGCCAGCAAACCCGUCAACAACGCCCGCGAGGCCAUGCAGCAGGCUGACGACUGGCUCGGCAUCCCCCAGGUCAUCACCCCGGAGGAGAUCGUGGACCCCAAUGUGGACGAGCACUCGGUCAUGACCUACCUGUCCCAGUUCCCCAAGGCCAAGCUCAAGCCGGGUGCCCCCCUGCGCCCCAAGCUGAACCCCAAGAAGGCGCGAGCCUACGGUCCCGGUAUUGAGCCCACGGGGAACAUGGUGAAGAGAAGGGCCGAGUUCACCGUGGAGACCAUCAGCGCCGGCCAGGGCGACGUCCUGGUUUACGUGGAGGACCCAGCUGGGCACAGAGAAGAGGCCAAGGUCAUCGCAAACAACGACAAGAACCGAACUUUCUCCGUCUCGUAUAUUCCCAAAGUGACGGGGGUCCACAAGGUGACGGUGCUGUUCGCGGGGCAGCACAUUGCAAAGAGCCCGUUCGAGGUGACGGUGGGGAAAUCGUUGGGCGACGCUGGGCGGGUGACGGCCCAGGGGCCCGGCCUGGAGCCCACGGGCAACAUUGCCAACAAAGUCACCUCCUUCGAGGUCUUCACGGCCGGCGCGGGGGCCGGCGAGGUGGAGGUGACGGUGCUGGACCCCAGCGGGCGGAAGGGGACAGUGGAGCAGCAGCUGGAGGACAAGGGCGAGAGCACCUACCGGUGCACCUACCGCCCGGGCUCCGAGGGCACCUACGCCGUCCACGUGACCUUCGGGGGCACGCCCAUCCCCCGCAGCCCCUACACCGUCGCUGUGGGGCAGGCCUGUAGCCCCAGCGCCUGCCGGGCCACAGGCCGGGGGCUGCAGCCCAAGGGGCUCCGGGUGAAGGAGUCGGCGGAUUUCAAGGUCUACACGAAAGGCGCCGGCAGUGGGGAGCUCAAGGUCACAGUCAAGGGCCCAAAGGGGCCGGAGAGCGUGAAACAGAAGGAUCUGGGCGAUGGGAUUUUUGCCUUCGAGUAUUUCCCCACCCUGCCCGGGAACUACACGGUCACCAUCACCUGGGGGGGGCAGCAGG